ACCAAUUUUGGAUAGAGUUGCCAAAUAUACUGAUACUGAAACAGCAUUUGUUUCUGAUUUAUUUGCUCAAAUGCAAAUUACAAAUUUCUCAUCUUUUUUGUAAUGACCAGAUGAAGAUCCAUUAACACAUAAAAAAUUAUGUACAAUGCAGUGUCAUAUAAUAAAAGUUACAAAAUAAGAAUUUUUAAUGAGUUUUCACUGUUGUAGCUUGUAGCCUUAUCAAAAAAGUGUUGCCCUUUUUAUGAAUUUUUUCUUCCAUUUCUUCUUGCGCUGCCAUAAAAUAAUUAAAAGAAAAUUAAUUACAAAUUCAUAUGUACAAUAAGUAAACAGGCAUUGACACAAAUUUGCCUUACAACAAUGACGUAAUUUUUUUUGUUUUGUUUAUAAAAAUAAGCUUGUCUUGUGUUCUUUUCUCCUACAUAUAAAGCGCGAUGUUUGCGUUGUCGUUCGCCAGUUUCCGACCGACCAGACGCAGUUUGAAUUCGGACCGUCGACAGAAAUAUUUGAGUUCUAAGCAGGCAAACAAAAAGAAAAACAAUAUAAUAACGGGUCGCACACCUCAAGCGGCCGCUUGAACCCAGUGAACUGCGUGACGUCUGCCUGCAUUGUCUGAUUUCGUGUGCGAAUAAGGGAUUUAGUAUUUAAUCAAACAAGUCUAUGCCGGCAUAAUAUUAGCGAUGUCACAGCCUAUACACACCGGCGGACAAUGUGCAGCUCAAAGUGUUGGUCCCUUCAACAGCAUGGUCUCAGCAUUGAUACAGGCGCUGCUCGCCGCACAAUGUGCCAUCUCGCCGCCCGAGCUGUGGCCACCAGACUAUGCUGAUGCACUGUUAAGUAGACGAGGCGAGCAGGGCUAUGACUUUGUGGUGGUGGGCGCAGGCUCGGCGGGUUCGGUGUUGGCCAGUCGAUUAAGUGAGAAUCCUGCGUGGCGGGUUUUGGUUUUGGAGGCGGGUGGCGAUCCGCCACAGGAGUCAGAGAUACCCAGCCUGCUUUUCUCUUUGGAGCACACAAACGUCACAUGGAAUUACUUGACGGAGCAUAGUGAAAAGGCCUGUUGGGGCUUAGUCGAUCGUCGUUGCUAUUGGCCACGUGGUAAAAUGAUUGGCGGCUCUGGUGGUCUCAAUGGAAUGCUGUAUGUGCGUGGUCAUCGUGCUGAUUACGAUAGUUGGGCGCAGGCGGGCAACCAGGGUUGGGGUUGGGAUGAUGUGCUGCCAUAUUUCGAGCGUUCAGUACGUCCAAUCGGUAGUGCGACACACGCACAGGGUUAUGUCACACUCAACGCAUUUCCUGUCAACGAUCCGGAUAUAGAGCAAAUGAUUUAUGCGGGCACCGCUGAGUUGGGCAUACCGCGUGUACACCGUUUCACCGAUGGCAGCGAGUCGGGGUUUUCCAAUUUGCCAGGCACGAUACAAAAUGGUCGCCGCAUGAGCACUGGUAAAGGUUAUUUAGCAAGUGUUGCGCGACGACCGAAUUUACAAGUGAUUAAAAAUGCGCGCGUGACUAAGCUGAAUUUCGAUGACACCGGUUCGCGUGUGCGUUCAGUGAGCUUUACAAUACGAGAUGAAAGGCAAAUGCGCGUAAGUGUCGGCAAAGAGUUGGUGCUGUCAGCGGGCGUAAUUGAGUCACCAAAACUGUUGAUGUUGUCAGGCGUGGGCCCGGCGCAACAUUUGCGCCAGUUGAACAUACCACUGGUACGAGAUUUGCCAGUUGGCGAUAACCUCAAUGACCAUGUGCAAGUUGUGACCUUCUUCAAAAUAAACGAGCACUUUGCCCGUCCUUUGCGUGCCGAAGAUGCUCUAGACAACACAUACAACUAUCUGAUACAUCGACGCGGUCCGUUGAACUCACACGGCACUGCUUCACUAACGGGCUUUAUCAACACACUCAGCAAUAGCCCGUAUCCAGAUGUGGAGUUUCAUCAUUUCAUGUUGCGUCGCGGCGAUUUUGCUGGUCUGAAAACAUUUCUCAACGGCCUCAACAUUGAUGACAGCACUUAUCGUAUCCAAGCACAAAUACGCCAAGUCAUAGCAGUUGCUGACGUUAUGGGCAUGUUUAACGUGCUCGCAACACCCAAGUCUUCGGGCAAUUUACGAUUGCACAGCACCGACUACAAGCAACCACCAAAGCUGACACAUAACUAUUUUAGCGUGCCAGAAGACCUGGCAACGCUUCUGCGUGCUAUACGCUUUCAGGAACGUCUUUUGGGCACUGCAGCUUAUAGAGCGCUGAAUGUGAGUUUUAUACUUCCGUCCAUACCGGAGUGCACCGCUUAUGUACUGCAGAGUGAUGACUAUUGGCUUUGCUAUAUCAAAUAUUUCUCUUGUACAACUUACCAUCAGUCGGGUACGGUGAAAAUGGCACCCGAGUCGGAUAAGACGAGCUGUGUAAACCCUCGUCUGCGUCUUGGUGGUAUUGACAAUGUGCGUGUGGCUGAUGCGAGCAUUAUGCCCAUAAUACCCAGUGCCAACACCAACGCGGCUACGAUUAUGAUUGCUGAGAAGGCGGUGGAUUUCAUAAGACAAGACUGGCAGGAUGUAGGUGUACACUGGCACUGAUACUGCAAUCAGCUUACUCUGAAACUUAGGAUCGGCCGUCCGCUACAUCCCCUUUCAGUGAAGAAGGACGACGAAUGUGAAAUCUCAUUUUCUUUCCAUAUGACUCAGUCUAUUAAAGUAAGACAUAUUUGAUGAGAAAAA